CAAAAUUUCAGCAAUCCCUUUUGGCGGCAAGACUGCCACAAUCUAAGAACCACAAGAAUAAAUGCUGAAUGAAUCUUCUUCUUCUUCUUCUCCUGAACUCGGAAUUGAGGUCUUUCCCAUCAUGCAAUCCAAAAUCGGCACCUUCUUCAAACCCACUUCUUCGAUUUCAUCCUACAGGUCGCCAGAACCCUUGAAUUCAAACGCCGAUGACAGUGAUUAUGGAACAUUGAAAAUCUGGGAAAAGGCAGAGCACCAAUACAUCAACACCUAUAAGCGCAGGAAUGUGAAAAGUCCACAAUGUGUCGACUCGGAGACAAAAACUUCAGUUCCAGACGAUUCAUCUGGAAAAUCAGAGUUAGCUUUAUCGACCAAAAUUGUGGUGAAGAACAAGAAAAGAAGCUAUGCUCAGUACCAUUUACUUUUCGGUCAGUCUGAUUUUUUGCUACAUUUUUGUUCCACCUGUGGAAUCAAAUAUGCUCGUGGGGAUCAAGAUGAUGAACAAUCUCAUAAAGCAUUUCAUAAGAAGUACACUUGUGGAAUCCAAUUUAAGGGAUGGACUCGCGAAAGAGUUAUCGAUACUCCCUCUGUUGAAGGCGGCCGUAUUUUGUUGGUGUUGGAUUCUGACCCGUCUGCGCACAAGAACAAGGUUGAAGAGGUGGUGAAGAUGAUGGAGAAAGAGCUGGGAAGUGGAUGGAUAUUGCAUAAGAACUAUCAGGCCUAUCUGUUUGUUUUAUCCCAAAGAAUUGUAGGAUGUCUAGUUGUAGAACCGAUAACGAAAGCUUAUAAAGUUGUGUCAUGUCAUCUGCACGAAAGACCUGAAGAGUCUAAGAUGAAGGAUUCAAUACCAAGUUCAAGUACCUUGCAGUUUGGUAAUAUUACUUUCCAUAGAGAAGCCAUUUUGAAGAAACCUACAAAUAAUCCCGAGGCAUUGGAUACGAACAUGAAUGGUGCAAUUUUAUGUGAAGAAGAAGCUGUUCCUGCUGUUUGUGGAGUUCGUGCAAUUUGGGUUACUCCUGCCAAUAGAAGAAAACAUGUCGCCAGCCAAUUGCUAGAUGCUGCAAGGCAAAGCUUCUACAAGGGAGUUGCCCUUGAGUGCUCUCAAUUGGCAUUCUCUCAGCCAACUUCAUCUGGAAUGGCAUUGGCAUCAAGAUAUGUAGGCUCCAGAUCAAUAUUGGUGUACAAAAGCAGCAUUGUGAUAUGAGCAUAUUGAAAUCUUGGAGAGGAUUCAUACUUAGGCUGGAAAAAGAAGUUAACCAACUAAAGGUAGCUUAACUCAAAAGUGCUUAAGUUUCUUUUUCUUGACAAAGCCAACUGAGAGUAGUAACAAUUAUGUAAAUAAAUAGUUGAUUAGUUUACAUAAAAUCGAGGUUCAAAAUUGUUGUCGAGUCCGUCCACUUUAGUUGAUGUAUAGUCUUGUUUUACUUGUGAUAUUAAUUAGAAUGGAGUUAAUAGAAAUGAGAUCAUUAAUUGGAAUUAGUAUCAAAGUCAAACUUUAUCCAA